AUGGUUUGCUAUUCACUUGACCCAGAAAACCCCACAAAAUCAUGAAGAGGUUCAAACCUUCAUGUUCACUUUAAGAACACCCGUGAAAAUUCCCAGGCCAUUCAGGGUAUGCAGAGCAGAAAAGCCACCAAGUAUCUGAAGGAUGUCACUUUCAAGAGGCAAUGUGUGCCAUUCCUUUGUUACGGUGGUCGAGUGGGUAGGUGUGCCCAGGCCAAACAGUGGGGCUGGACGCAGGGUCGGGGACCCAAAAAGAUUCCUGAAUUUUUACUGCACAUGCUCAAAGGUGUAGAGAGUCAUGCUGAACUUAAGGGCUUAGUUGUAGAUUCUCUGGUCAUUGAGCGUACCCAGGUGAGCAAAAUCCCCAAGAUGCGGCACAGGACUUACAGAGCUCGUGGUCAGAUCAACCCAUACCCGAGCUCUCCCUGCUACAUUGAGAUGAUCCCUACUGAAAAAGAACAGAUUGUUCCUAAAUCAGAAGAGGAGGUUGCCCAGAAGAAACCAAAGAAACAAAAAACUUAUGGCCUAGGAAAGCAUGAUCGGGGGCACGAGAAAGGGGCUCGGUGGCAGAAACUGGGGAGGCCAAGAGGAGUUUCCCUUGCGCAGAGGGUGCGGAGGCGGGGGUCCCCGCUGCUGAAGCCGGGAGGGAGGGGCGCGCAGCCGAGCUCCAGACCCACCCUCCGUCGCCCCCGGAGCCGGCGCUGUGAAUUCACCGCGCGGCCAGAAGCCCCCGGGGAGCGAGAAGCUCGGGCACUGUCGCUCCGGCCUUCCGGAGGGCCACAGCGCCGGGCCUCAGAGAGGAGCAGAACUUCGAACUACGCACAUUUUUGGUCAACGGGAUCGUCUCCCUCGCCUUGGCUUCCCGCCUGUUGA